GCCAUUUUCAGUGCUGAGGGAGGAAGUCCUUGCAUGGGCCGAGUGUUGGUAGAGGGAAGAGGCCGUGCUUUGUCUGGAGAGAGGGGAGAUGGUGUGGGGAGGGGAUCCUGCUCCAGUCAGCGCAGUCGGCUUAGUGCCCCUAAAGCUGCUUAGUGCUCGCGUUCUGCCAGAGGGCAGUUUUUAAAAAGGCAAAGCCUCUUACCCUGAGAAGGCAAGGAUUUGGUGCAGGUGCUGACUGCUCUCAAUGCCCCGAAGGAGAAAUGGAUCCAGAAGCAAUUGGCACAAAGCUGGGGAAAAGAUUACCUAUGCACUCCGGAGGAAAACGUUUACAAGAUAGACUUCACCAGGUUUAAAAUCCGGGACAUGGAAUCGGGCACGGUGUUGUUUGAGAUCACCAAGCCAGCAGCAUCAGAACGUGAGCACAAUGACAAGAAGGACGUGGAUCCCAACGCGGGGCGCUUCGUGCGCUACCAGUUCACCCCAGCCUUCCUCCGGCUGCGCCAGGUGGGGGCCACGGUGGAAUUCACAGUAGGGGACAAACCCAUCAAUAACUUCCGCAUGAUUGAGAGGCAUUACUUCCGUGAUCAGUUGCUGAAGAGUUUUGAUUUUGAAUUUGGGUUCUGCAUCCCCAGCAGUAAGAACACAUGUGAGCACAUCUAUGAAUUCCCACAGCUCUCGGAGGAUCUCAUUCAAGAGAUGAUCCUCCAUCCAUACGAGACACAGUCGGACAGUUUCUACUUCGUAGAUAACAAGCUGGUGAUGCACAACAAGGCAGAUUAUUCAUACAGUGGAGGACCUUGAGAGCGGGACGGACAGCCAACCUGGGCUGGCCUUUGCUUUCCAAUUGAAGUCAUCAGGGACAUCAACACCUUCGGUUCAGUUGCCUCCAACGUCAGCUGGACACAGAUCCACAAACCAAGGACUCUGCCACAGUAGGAGUUUCAUGACCCAACUGGCCAACCUCAUCUCUUGGAGCAGACCCAGAUCUUCAGAGCUCUGUGUGGUUCUAUGAUGCUACCUGAACUUUGGGUACCACUUCCCUAUGUUCUUCAGGUGUCUGCUUUCAAUAUGGCCUUGUGGGACCUGUGGGAUUUUGCCCUAAUUCUGCAGAUUUGUCUGCUUGCCCUCACGUAUCCUUUGGGACUCGAUGGUUUCAGAGAAUGCAAUUUGAGAAACCGUGUGAGUGGACGGAUGCAAGUGCAGAGUUUUGGUUGGUUGGCUCUUGUUGUGAAUGCUUCAAAAGCACGGCCGGUUUUAGCCUGUACAUCCAGCUGAAAACCUUACGAAAUCAGGUUUCAUCUUUUGGAUUAUUGCUCUAAAUAAGCAUCUCAUCCCUUUGUUUUGCUCCUUCUGCAUAGUGUUUUUUAAAUCAUGGAAGCAAUGAAACACGCAGUGAAGACCAGUAGUUUCGUCAGGUUCUGUCCUCCUGCAUUUCAGAUGGAAGAACAUAGUGUUGGGUGUCUCCCAACCCUCUAAACAUCCUCCAUUAAUUUCAGUUCUUGCAAACUGAAUCCAGAGUAGUCUGGCUAAAAAAAAGGAUUUUAGCUUUAUGUAACACUUCUACAUAGCUACCAUUCAGCCUGUCCGUGCUAUAUGUCACACAUGUCUGUUUUCUUUAAUCUAUGCUCAACACUGAGACAAGGGCUUCAGCAAUGCUCAUUAGAGCAACACUAAUUUGUCCAAGGCAGUCAGAAAGUGUGGAAUGUCCAAUCUCUCGUUUGUAUCUGAAUUUGAAGUAUGUUACGUCAGUGUUUUCCCUUUGUUUUGCACUGGGUAUGAAUACAGGUGAGGCAGCAACUCUAAUAACGUCAGGCUUUAAGCCCUCUCUGUAAGAAGUUUAAGAACAACCUUGCACAAGUUUCUCAGGAUGCACUUCUUAGGAAGAUAUUAGUGCAAUGAAGUAGCAAUGUCAAUAGAAUAGUGCAUGCAAAACCAAACCUGAGAAGGUUGUGUAGGGUCAAAGCUUCCCUCCUUCAUUUUUGCCCAAUUGCCUGUUGUCAUGAAACCCUUACUCUAAAGAUCAGUGAUACUUAAAAAGAGGAAAAAAAAAAAAAAAAGGCAGUUGCAGUCUGUAGAUAUUCCUAUAAAUACUUGAUGUCUCCAUGUCUGUUCGUGUGAGUUGAAGUGGAAUGUUACAUGUUAGCCUCAGAUACGUGUGGUUGUGCUAAUUUUUAUAAACUACCAUUUCCAGUCGUGAUGAACCUCUUUUUGGUCAUAGCUUAAGUCAAACAGGAGAACUGCGAAUGGUUACAGAUGUAGUGUAAGAGCAGGGAGGCUGUGUGCUGCUAUUGGAUCGAGAUCAGUCAGGUGUGUGAGCCGUUCAUAGCAUCACGGAAUCGUUCGGGUUGGAAAAGAGCUCUCAGAUCCCCACGUCCAACCCCAACCCACCCCACCGUGCCCACUGACCACAGCCCUCAGUGCCACAUCUCCAUGGUUCUCCCACACCUCCAUGGUUGGGACUCCACCACCUCAAGGAUUCCAUUUUCUAAAGAAAAUACAAUGAGUUUAGGUUACAGUUUUAUUUUUUUUUUAAGGUUGAAACCACUAUUUUGGCACAGCUGCUAUCAGUCAGUCAUUCUUAUCACGAUGAGACUUGUAUUUAUUGCUGUAUUUUGUCAGUAGUGUAUAAAACUCAACACCUUGCCUACGGCUGUUUGAGGGUUGCGAAGAGUUUCCUCGUUAUUUGUAUUACGCUUGGAGCUACAGAUCAGCAAGUUUUAUAGCACAGUAAUGACUGAAGUUGAGAAUAGCUCCAAAAGUCUGUGUCCUCCCCACCCUUUUUUUUUCUCCAUCUUUAUAUUCAAUGACGUUGUGCAAAGUUGAGCAUUGAAUAAUUUGGUUUUGACUCUUGAAUGAGCAAAUUGAAGACAGAAGGGUGUCUGUAAGUAGCACCCUAUACAGUUGUAGGCGUUGCUUAUUUGUUUUAAUUACUCCCAUCUCUCAGCACUUUCCUGCUGUUCAUAAUAAUAACGUCUACUAAUGGUGCUUGGCCAGAAUUGCCAGUCUUACCUUUCAAACAGCUCUGUUGUCUUUGUAUAUUCCCAUAUUUUGGUGCAGACUCUCAUCAGUCUUGGGUUAUCCAACUAAGCAUCCUCUUUGUAUGUGACCAAUGUGCAAAUCGUUGUUUGCUGAGCUGAGAUAGUUGUCUUCUGGUCCCUUUUAAUGCUACCUCCUCUUCAGUCUUUAGGAGUUCAAAAACGAAAGUAAUUUCAUAAAAAUGGUGCUGUAAUCAGCUCAAUAGGUCCCUACGAGAAAAGAACACAAAGAGAGUUACCUUUUUCCCGAUAGUUCCCAACAGUUUUGUUGAAUGGACUUCCCGACGUCCUGUGUUGUGUGGUUAAACACAAGAAGGCAAACUACCCACUGCUGAUCUCCAUCCCCCAAUCUGCUGGCUGUUCUGGUGAUUCAGGUUGGAUGGGUCAUACUUUCGGGCUGAUAGGAAAUUCAGUGUGAGUCAUAUGGGAGAUAUUUUACUGUACGUAUUUAUUGCCUUCUAAGGAUAGGAGUACUUUAAACCAGGAGAAAAUCGUGGGGCAUUUUCCAUAACAUCAAUUCCAACCUAUUGGACUUCACCUUUUCAGGAUUGUUCCCUUUCGAUUUAUUUCUAUUUUUUUUUUGAAGCCUCCACAAUUUCCUACAAACGAAUUCCUAUCCCUAAGCCAAGGGUAACAACAAGACUUUCCUGUGGGAUAUGCAAUGGAGGUUCUUCUGUGUUUCCCACUGCCACAGUUCUCGUUAUGGCUCCGUUUCAUGUGUUUGCAUUUAUUUAAUAUCUCCACUCACACUAUUUACAAACAUGGAAAUUACUGACCAGGAGGGAGUUUCCUUUACACUGCUGCAUAACCAGGUGGAAAUCUACGUUGUUGACUUGGGGCACAAUGCUUUUGCCCAAAAGCAGCACCAGAAUGAUGUUGUUAUUUUUCUCAUUUUUAAAAUGAUUUUAAUUUUUUAGCACUGUGUCUCUGUUUGAAUGAACCAGCGUGGAAAAUCAGGUUCUGGCUUUCUGAAUGAAAAAGAAAGCAAGCCACAUCAAAAUCCAACCAAGGUUAUGUUAGCAGCGACUCAUCGUUUCCCAUCAUGUGCUGUCGACUGGAUGUGUACUGAUAGUGAAUUGAUCUUAGAUAAAGAAGCGGGUGCUCGUGGUGUCCUUGUUUAAAAAAAAGAAUAGGGAAGUUAUAACCCAAACUUUCUUAUUUUAUUCCAAUCUCAGAGUUUGCAAGGAAGGACAAUGGUAAAAACAUUUGUGGUUGGCUGCGUGGUCCAGUUAUCCACAAGCUUCAGAGGGAGAAAUAGAAUGAUUGGUUUUCAAGAACACACCAAGAAUGGUUUAAAUUGCAGGAGUUCUGUUCUCCUGUCAUUGAGAAAAGCCUAAAUUUGUCACUAUAUAUAUAUAUAUAUGUUAUAUAUGUGGUAUAUAUGUGGAGUGGGCAGGGCAUUCGAAGUGGAUGGUCCUUGAGGUCCCUUUCAUCCAUCCCAUGAUUAUGCCAGCAACCCUUUUCUCUAUGCCCAGCACGAGUGUGAUUAAUAUGGAGCACUGUUUAUAGAAAUGUUUCUCUAUAUGAAAUCUCGUUGACUGUUCAUAUCACUUCCUAAGCAUAGGACUGUAUGUGAAGGGUGUGAUGCUCAGUUAUGUCUGAUAGCACAGCACAGCCUGACUGAGGGUGGAGUUGUGUGUCUGUAUCUGUUCUGUAGUAACUGCCUCCCUAGGAUCACUGUGUUAAUGCCCACUGUGCUGUCUGCUUGCACCCCAAUGCUACACUGAGGAACCCUGUUUGAAUGUGACAUUGACUUUUUUUUUUUUGCAUAGAGUCAGGAUUGUCUGUAUUAAAAUGUAUUUAUAUAUAAAAAUUAUAUAUCUAUAUAUUUUUUGUGGAAGGAGAGUAGGAUUCUAGUUAAUACGCCAUUGAGAAAACAUUAGGAGCAUUUUUAUCCAGUCCAUUUAUAAUUCUUUGUACCUUAUGGGGCAGUGAGGAACUGGUUGGAAACGAAGGAAAAAGAGGAACAUUGGCACUGAUUCCGUUGCUGUGGCUUUGGUUUCCAUCUGCUUGACUUGCUUGCAGGUGGAUAAGGGGGGAGAACAAAGAUUGAUGCUACAAUUCAGUCUUCCUGUAGGAGGAGAGAACUUAAAUCUAACCUACACAAGGACGGGGCAGGGACGUACACUUGCUUAAUUGAACAUUGGCAGUUUAGGCAUAAAUGUGCAUCUAGGCAAUAUGCUUUAACUUCUUCCGUGACCGAGGGGAAAAUGGUUCAACGUGUCACUCUCCUUAGCAAGUGUUUCUUCUCCUGUAACAUCGCAAAAUGUAAAAAGAAAUUGAAAUAAAAAUGAAAUAAAUUAUUGAUCUUA